AACAACUUUACAAACGACUAACUGAAGGAAACUUGGUUCAUUAAGAAGGGAAAAAUUGUGCAGUGGCUUACUUACUAGUUUAUUGUCUGUGUGGGAGAGAAAGUAAUACAGAAAAGGAUCUUGGCUGAAGCGAUAAACCCUGAAUGUGCCUGGUGGAGGAGCUAUGUCUGCAAGAAAAGAAAAAUGAAGACAGGACAUCUUGAAAUGGUCAUCAUGUUCCUGGCAGCCAUGAUUCUAAUGGAUGUCUUCCAGAUGAAGGCUGAAGUAUUAGACAUGGCAGAUAAUGUAUUUGAUGAUGAAUACCUGAAAUGUACUGACAGGAUGGAAAUGAAAUAUGUUCCCCAAUUGCUCAAGGAAGAAAAGACAAGUCAUCAACUCUUGGAGACUGUGUGGGAAAAUGCAAAAGCCAAAUGGGAAGCCCGGAAGACUCAGCUGUCUCUCCCUACAAAUUUUAAGGAUAACCAUGGAAUAGCCCUAAUGGCAUAUAUUUCUGAAGCUCAAGAGGAAACUCUGUUUUACCAUCUGUUCAACGAAGCUGCAAAAUUGGCUGGCCAAUCACGGAAAGAUUAUAUCUAUGGCUUCCAGUUCAAAGCUUUUCAUUUUUAUCUCACAAGAGCUCUACAGCUGCUGAGAGGACCUUGUGAAGACAGUUACAAAAAUGUGGUAUAUAGAGCAAGCCAGGACAUUUCAUUUACAUUUGGAGGGCCAAACCAAGCCAGACUUGGCAGUUUCACAUUGGCAUAUGCCAAACCUAAAGUAGCUGAGGACCAACACUUUAUGUUAAUUAUCUACACAUGCUUUGGAGUUGCUGUUGAAAAAUUUUUUGAUAAAGAAAGUGAAAGAAUCAUUUUAAUACCCCUAAGUGAAGUUUUUCAAGUAUCACAGGAAGGGGCUGGCAAUAACUUUAUCCUUCACAGCACAAACAAGACUUGCAGCCAUUAUGAGUGUGCAUUUUUAGGUGGACUAAAGAGUGAAAAUUGUGCUGAGAACCUAGGUGAGGAGAACCAGAAGCUUGAAGACCCAGGUGUGAAAAUUAGUGAGCCCCCUGAAAUACCUGGAAUGAAAACUCCACAACCUUUUCCUCUACCUGAAAUAAAAGUGUUACAACCGGAUGAAAACUCAGAAGACAGACAUCAAGAAAACAUGGAUAAUCCUACUCCAGGUCCAGGUCCAGUUCUUGUUCCAGGUCCCAAAACUCAUCCUUCUGCAUCCUCUGGCAGUAGGCUGCUUCCACCGCUUGGGGCAUUCAUCAUUUUAAUCAGUGCUUCUGCUGUAAAUCUUUUUGUUGUUCCAUAGUUUGAUAUAUUUUUAAAAAUCUUAUUCUUCACUUGCAAUGCACUGCUGUAAUCCCACAGGAGAGCAAAAAGAGAGAUGUAUUUUUUUCAUUUGUUGGCCAGAGUCACUUUGUAAAAUGAGAAUUGUAUAUUUGUUAUUUGUUUUGGCAGUUCAUAAAGUUGUCCAGAUAUGGCACAAAAUUAACUUUUCAUUUAUUUGUAUUAAGCUUAUGAUUUUUUAAAAAAAAACCUAAAACUGUAUUCUCUUGAUUGGAUCCAAUAAAAGACUAAGAUUGCAAGGUA